AUGGAUGACUACAGUGAGUUGGCUAGCGAGCCAAUUGCCAUCAUUGGCAUGAGCUGCAAAUUUUCUGGCGGUGUCACCGACCCAGAGACACUAUGGGAUCUCUUAGCUUCCGGAAGGACAGGUUGGAGUGAGAUACCAGAAGAACGGUUCAACCUCAAGGGAGUUUACCACCCUAACAAUGAGAGGAUUGCAACUUCACAUGUUAAAGGAGCGCAUUUCAUCCAAGAAGACGUAACAAGUUUUGAUGCGGCGUUCUUCAACUACUCAGGCGAGACAGCGCAAGCUCUCGAUCCGCAGUUUCGGCUGCAGCUUGAAUCGACAUUUGAGGCCUUGGAGAAUGCUGGCCUCACGAUGGACCAGGUGGCUGGAUCCCAGACGUCCGUUUUUGCUGGAGUGUUUACGCACGAUUAUCACGAGGCCCUAGUGCGUGACGAGGACCGAUUACCGCGGUUCAUGUUGGUGGGCACUUGGAAUCCGAUGUCAUCGAACCGCAUUUCACAUUUUUUCGACUUCCGCGGCGCCAGUAUGACCCUUGAAACAGGCUGCUCAACCACGUUGGUUGCACUUCACCAGGCCGUGCAGAGCCUGCGUAAUCGAGAGGCUGACAUGUCUGUCGUUACCGGUGUCAACUUGAUACUGGGCCCAGACCAGUUCAAAGCCAUUGGCUCGCUUGGCAUGUUGUCGCCGGACGGCAAAUCGUAUGCGUUUGACAGGCGUGCCAACGGCUACGGGCGUGGUGAAGGAGUUGCCACCAUUUUGAUCAAACGACUAUCAGAUGCGCUAGCCGCUAAUGAUCCUAUCCGUGCUGUCAUUCGUGAGACGGCCCUCAACCAAGAUGGCAAAACAGAGACCAUCACGACGCCCUCGGGAGCCGCCCAGGAGACGCUCAUGCGUGAGUGCUACAGGCGAGCCGGCCUUGAUCCACGUGGAACGCAAUACUUUGAGGCCCACGGUACAGGAACACAGGCUGGCGAUCCGAUUGAGGCGCGGGCCAUGGCCGGCGUGUUCUGCGGUGUCGGUGAAGACGGUACUGGCGGCCGCGACGAAGCACAUUACCUUCGCAUCGGCUCAGUCAAAACAAACGUGGGCCACACUGAAGCGGCUUCCGGUCUUGCUGCCGUGAUCAAAGGAGUCUUGUGUCUGGAGAGAGGACUGAUCCCGCCCAGCGUCAACUACGAAACACCCAAUCCGAAGCUCAAGCUAGACGAGUGGCGUCUCAAGGUGGUAACAGCAAUGGAACCAUGGCCUGAGAGUCUCAUCGGUGGUCCGAAGCGUUUGUCAGUCAAUAACUUUGGAUAUGGCGGCAGCAAUGCGCAUGUUAUCAUGGAGAGCGCUGAGCCAUGGACUUCGACACCGACUUUACCUCUCUCAGCCAACGGUACUCUGAAUGGCAAUGGCCAUGUAAACGGCAAUGGCUAUACAAAUGGCAACGGUAAUGGCAUCAGCAACGGCCAUGUGAACGGCAAUGGAAACGGCAUCACCAAGGGCUACCUGAACGGUAAUGGCCAUGUAAAUGGGACUCAUAAAACGGCUAGCAGCAAGGUGCUCGUUCUCAGUGCUCGCGAUGAGCGUGGCGGCCAGCGUAUGGUGGAGGACCUGAAGACAUAUCUGGAGAAACACAAAUCGCUCGACUUUGAGGCUGCUGAGACACUGCUACGCGACCUCAGCUACACGCUUGCCGAGCGCCGUACCCUCUUCCCGUGGGUGGCAGCUCAUCAGGUUCGUCUGGACACGGAGACAGACAACCACCCCCUGGACGCCGUCAUCGAGGCUUUUGACUCGCCGAGAUUCAAGCCUGGCAAAACACCUACUGGCCAGCCACGUAUUGGCAUGGUGUUCACAGGCCAGGGAGCGCAGUGGAACGCCAUGGGGCGUGAGCUACUGGAAGAAUAUCCAGUGUAUAGACAGUCCAUCGAAGAGGCCGAAGCUCAUCUGAAGGACCUGGGAGCCACAUGGUCGUUGCUGGAGGAGCUACAGCGUGACCCCAAGACAACGAAAGUACACGCGACGUCUAUCAGCAUCCCCGUGUGCGUGGCGGUUCAGAUCGCGCUGGUUCGCCUCUUGAAGUCUUGGGGCAUCAAGCCUGCGGCCGUCACAAGCCACUCAUCCGGUGAGAUCUCGGCAGCCUAUGCAGUUGGCGCGCUGACCCAUCGCCAGGCUAUGGCAACCGCCUACUAUCGUGCCAUUCUGGCGGCCGAAGAGUCGGCUCGCGUGUCUGGGCCGCAGAAAGGAGGCAUGGCGGCUGUAGGCCUCGGCGCGGACGAGGCUCAGGAAUACCUCGACAGAGUAGCCGAUGUAGGCAAAGUGGUGAUCGCCUGCGUUAACAGCCCGCAGAGUGUCACAGUCUCUGGUGAUAAUGACGCUGUAGCGGCAGUCGAGGCUCUGUGCAAAGAUGAAGGUGUGUUUGCACGCAAGCUUAAGGUCGAACAAGCCUACCACUCGCAUCAUAUGGACCCAUUGGCAGAUGCUUACCACGAGCUUUUACGCAAGGAGAUGGCACGGACGGCCAUAAAGACGCUGGAAGCCGAGACAGAAGAAUUAGAAGAUGGGGAGCUCAAGGUCAUCUUUUCUUCCGCUGUCACCGGCGGCCGUAUCACCGAUGCCAAGGAGAUCGCCGACCCUGACCACUGGGUUGGCAGUCUGGUUCAGCCGGUGCUGUUCGUUGACGCCUUUACAGAUAUGGUGCUUGGCGAGACGGAAGAUGCUAGUGGCCGCAACAUUGACGUUGUGCUUGAAGUUGGUCCUCAUACCGCUCUGGGAGGACCUAUUAGGGAGAUCAUGUCACUUGUUGAGUUUGACGGCAUCGAGCUGCCCUACUGGGGGGCUUUGGUGCGCAACGAGCAUGCUGGCGAUACUAUGCGCACGGCGGCCAUCAAUCUGCUGAAGGAGGGUCUGCCAGUUGUCAUGAGCGAAAUCAACUUCCCAAAGCCAUCAUCAUCCGACCGCUGGCAUCUCUAUGACGACGAUUUGCCUCGUGUACUGACCGACCUACCGACCUACCCCUGGAAUCACUCGAUUCGCCACUGGCAAGAGGCUCGCGUCAACUAUGCCAUCCGGAAUCGCAGCCAGCCGCCGCAUGACCUGCUGGGCAUGCCAGUCCCCGGAACCGACCCGGACACGGCCGUCUGGCGCCGCUCAGUGCGUGUUUCCGAGGUGCCUUGGGUUCGCGAUCAUAUGGUUCAGGGCAGCAUUGUCUGGCCAGGAUCCGGCUACGUCUGUCUGGCUAUUGAGGCCGCCAACCAGUUGGCUAGAGCUGAUGGCCAUGGAGAUAAUAUUUCGGGCUUCCGCUUGCGCGACGUCGACUUCAUGGCAGCCCUUGUGAUCCCGGACGCUGACGGUGUUGAAAUCCGCACCACGGUCCGGCCCGUGCCGGAGCGGGAACUCGGCCUGCAGGGCUGGCGGCGCUGGGAGGUGUCGACGGUCACGCAAGAGAACCAGUGGAAGCUGCAUGCCCAGGGCUUGGUUACCGUCGAGCUGACCAAAGAGGGAGAUGUGGAAGAAAAUUCGGGAGGUCUCCGGCCUCUGUCGGCUUAUACGCGCCACAAGGACCCACGAGACAUGUUCGCUCAUCUACGGGCGCGCGGCGUGUAUCACGGUCCGUUGUUCCAGAACACAACCAAGAUCGUGCAAGACGGCCGUGAGCCACGGUCAAUAACAGAUGUCACAAUUCGGUAUGAGUCGGCGGCCGACACAGACCCGGUAGCGGCCGCGCAAGAGAGCGUAAUACACCCCAUCACGCUGGACGCCGUGGUGGUGUCGUUCUUCUCAGCACUGCCGGGUGUGGGAGCGCAAGUCGAGGACCCCAGAUUGCCACGGUCGAUCGAAUCCAUGUGGGUGUCGAGCCGUAUCAGCCGUGAAGAUGGUCACACUUUGCGCUGCGACACUUCACUUUCACACGACGACCCGCAGGGCGGCCGUGCCGACGUUAUCGUUGUUGAUGGCCAGACUGGCGUGACAGUGCUCGAGAUCCAGGGCCUUGCUUGCUCCUCCCUCGGCCGUGGCAGCGGAGCCAUGGCACGCCAGGGCGCCAACGGCACUCAGGCCAACGACUGGGAGCAAGAUGUUUGCAGCAAGGUCGAGUGGGCAGCUGAUUUAUCUCUGCAGCAGCCGGCAGCACUGGCCCAGAUCAAGGAGGAGCUGGCUGGUGAGGCUGGGGUAUCCACAGAUGUUGUUUCGAACCUUUCUCGUGCCGUCGUCUAUUAUGCAGAGGAGACUCUCAAGACGGUCACUGCUGACGACGUGAAUCAGCUGAAAGACCAACAGCCGCACCUCGUCGAGUACUAUGCAUGGCUCUCACAGCUGGUCACACAAUCUGAUAGUCAGAAAUGGCUGCUGGAUAGUCCAGAGGAGCGCCAAAAGCACUUCGCCGUCGUGGCCUCUCAGGGUGUUGAUGGCGAGUUAAUCAGUCGCAUCGGACCCAUCAUCGAGUCCAUCCUCCUGGGCGAGAGCAACCCGUUGGUGGCGAUGGCGAAGGAUGGGUUGUUGCACAGAUAUUAUGCCAAUUCUGUGCGUCUGGCGCCGUCACUUACACGCCUGUCGACGCUGGUUCGUAAGGUCGCCCACAAAAAUCCGGCUGCCCGUGUUCUGCAAAUCGGCGCUGGAAUCGGGGCUGCUGCCACUAGGACUCUUCUCGAAGCCAUUGGCACUCCCAAAACCUCUGUGGUAGGGGGCUGGCACAUUACCGAGCCCUCGACAGACGUUUUGGAAGACACCCAAACCGAAUUGGCUGACUGGGCCGACUUUUUGGAGUUCAGCGUACUCGAUGUCAACCGGGACCCGUCCAAGCAGAGCUUUACGCUCGAAAGCUUCGAUAUCGUUGUGUGCUACCAGUCUUUGCACACGGUUGAAGAUGUGGCUGGGACCUUGGCCCAUGUUCGCAACCUGCUCAAGCCCGGAGGCAAACUGCUGUUGGCGGAGACGACUCCAGACCAGAGCAAGACCGACUUGUCCUUCAUCCUUGGCCUUCUGCCCACCCCGGCCUCAUCCCAACCGGUUUCAUGGGACAACGUGCUUCGCGAAUCUGGCUUUAGCGGUGCUGACCUUGCCAUUGACGAUGUCACGACCACCAUCCUAUCCACACGGCCACUCGUCGAGAACCAGAAGGCGGACCUGAGCCGUGCCAGCAACCCCGGAGGCUUUGCCAUAGACUUGACGAAAACCACCGUCUGCGUUUUUGUCGGUGACAUCGACGAGCCCACCUUGCUGACCGACCUCGACGCCGUACGUAUCGAGGGCCUUCGAGCUAUGGUCACAAAGUGCGGUGGUCUUCUCUGGAUCACGACCGGCGGCGCCGUUGAGAGUGAGCGUCCCGAGCAGGCACUUGCCCAGGGCUUCUUGCGAGUUCUGCGCAACGAGUACGUCGGUCGACGCUACCUCUAUCUUGACUUGGAUCCUCGCGCUGAAAAUACCACUGAAGACACCGUGUCUACCAUCGUCCAAGUUCUCCAGGAGGGUUUUGGUCAAGUACAGGAUGUCUUAGCCACUGAGACUGGCCCAGCUGAGUUUGAGUAUGCUCAACGCAACGGUGUGCUGCUGAUCCCGCGUGUUUACAAGGACGAAGAGUACAAUGAUAUGGUCACCGGCCCGCUUACACCAAUUUGGGGUGAUCUCGAUGCUGCUGCUGGUGGUAUCCCACUGGAGCCCCUAUUUCAACAGAACCGGACAUUGCGUCUGGAAGUCGGUAUCCCAGGACACCUGGAUACCUUGGCGUUUGUGGAUGAUGAAGGAGAUGAUGACACUGAAAGUUUUGGCCCUGAAAGCAUUGAGAUCACGCCGCGGGCCUUUGGCCUCAGCUCGCGUGAUGUUAUGGCUGCCCUGGGCCAACUAAAAGACCGUUCCAUAGGCCUUGAGUGCGCUGGUAUUAUUUCCCGUGUUGGCGAAGAGGCUCAUACAAAGGGCGGCUUCAAUGUCGGUGAUCGUGUCAUGGCCCUCUUGCCCGGAAGCGGCACCGCUUCUCUCCGCAACAACAUCACGGUGCCCUGGAACGGCGGCAUCGUCAAGGUACCCAGUAGCAUCACCAGCUUCGAGGAGGCCGCAUCCGUGCCAUUGGCCUUCACAAUCGCGUAUGCUGGUCUUGUCGAUGCUGCUCGUCUUGCACCGGGACAGUCUGUUCUUAUUCACGCUGCAGCUGGAGCCAUAGGACAAGCCGCCAUUAUGCUGGCCAAGUAUCUCGGCGUCACAGACAUCUAUGCCACUGCCGGAACACCUGAGAAGCGCGAGCUCGUCAGUAAGAAGUACGGAAUCCCUGCUCAGCGAAUCUUUAGCAGCCGCGACGUGUCAUUUGGCCCGGCUGUUCUGGCUGCCACAGGCCGUCGUGGCGUUGAUGUUGUGCUCAACACCCUGCCCGGCAUCUUGCUACAGGCCAGUCUCGAUGCCCUCGCGCCUCUCGGCCACCUGGUUGAGAUCGGCAAGCGUGAUAUUGAAGCCAACGGCCUGCUCGCACUGGCAGCUUUCUCACGCGGUAUCUCAUUGACGGCCUUGGAUAUUCCAACCCUGGUACAACGGCGCCCCGCCGACGUUCACCGUGUGCUCUCCGAGGUCGCCAAACUCGUCGAGCAACAGGCCCUGACGCCAAUUUAUCCCGUAACAACCUACCCUCUGCCUGAGAUACAGGAGGCAUUCAAGUUUGUAGAGACCGGAGCACAUACCGGUAAAGUCGUCCUCUCGGCUGGGCCGGACGAACAAGCUCCGGUAGUACCACGGCCGAAACACGCCACCGGCAGGCUCCGGCUCCGGCCCGAUGCCUCGUACCUCGUCGUCGGUGGCAUCGGCGGCAUUGGCCGCUCCAUAGCUCACUGGCUUGUGGCUCACGGAGCCAAGAACUUGAUUCUGCUGUCACGCAGUGCUGGCAAUCUCGAUUUGCCCGAAAACAAGGACACCAAUGGCUCACUAUUCGUUCAGGAGCUGCAUGACGGACUCCCGCCUGUGCGCGGUGUUGUCCAGGGUGCCAUGUUGCUGCGUGAUGCUAUCUUCGAGCAGAUGACGCUGGCUGACUGGCACGGUGGCUUGCGGCCCAAGGUCGACGGCACCUGGAAUCUGCACACCGAGUUCGCGGCACCAAACACUCUAGACUUCUUCGUCAUGCUUUCGUCCGUCUCGGGUGUUCUUGGAAUCGCUUCACAAACCAACUAUGCCGCUGGAGGCUCGUAUGAGGACGCCAUGGCGAAAUGGAGACAAUCCAAGGGGCUGCCAGGCGUCUCUAUUGACCUGGGUCCUAUUGCCGACGUUGGCUAUGUCGCUGAAACUGCGAAGGUGGCUGAGCGCCUGCGAAAGUCUGGAGACUAUGUCAUGCUAGACGAGAACACGGUGCUUCGAGCAUUUGCAGCAGCCGUGGCACGGCCUCUCGGUAGCCGCCACCAGAUCAUUGUCGGUCUCAACGCCGGGCCAGGACCGCAAUGGGAUGCCCACGGCGGCUCACAGCUCGGACGAGAUGCUCGCUACGUGAACCUGAAACCCCAUGUCAAAGUGUCUCGGGCCGGAGGGGGGGAUACAGCUGGUGGCAAGGUUUCACUCGCUUCACAGCUGAGUGAAGCUGGCUCGCGCGAUGAGGCCGCUCGUAUCGUUGGCGAUGCCAUCGCCGACAAAUUGGCGAGCAUAUUCAUGAUUGAUGUGGCAGAUAUCGAUCUCAGCAAGAAGCCCGCCGGCUAUGGCGUUGAUUCGCUCAUUGCCGUCGAACUGCGGAACAUGCUCGUCCUUCAAGCAGGCGCUGACGUCUCCAUCUUCAAUAUCUUGCAGGCAGCCUCCCUUGCUGCUCUGGCUGCAGAUGUAGCGGCAAAGAGCAGUCAUGUCCAAGCGGCCGCUUAG